UCUGAAGCUGCGGAGUUUGCAUUGUGCGCACUGAGAUCAGCGCGUGCCAGAAUGAGCGCAGAGCUGGAGCGCGUUUCUCUAAAGUCGCGCGCGAACUCCGCAGGGUCCGGGGGUCGCGCGCUCUCCGUUAACGUUCAGCGGCUGCACGACGCUCUGCACGUGCUGUUAGCCGACACGGAGCGCGAGCAGUUCGCUCACUGUCUGAGCGUGUACCACGCCAAGCGCAACGUGUACGACCUCGUCCAGACGCUCCGUGUCAUCCUGGAUACUCCCAGUAAGCGCCAGCUGCUGCCCAUGCUGCGCCUCGUGCUUCCACGUGCAGAUCAGCUGCUGUUCGACCAGUACACCUCAGAGGGACUGUACCUGAAAACUGACCCUCCCACAACUGCCGUGGACACGCACCAUGGUGGAAACCCACAUUCUGUUACAAACUCACACACGCGUGUGCAUUUUAGCACGGCGCCUGAUUUCAGCACCAACAACCAAGGGACAGCAUACCCGGAGUUAACGGAUGAUACCCGGCACGUGACCCUGAAGCGUAGCAAGAGCCAUGAGGGUCUGGGGUUCAGCAUUAGAGGAGGGGCAGAACAUGGAGUGGGCAUCUACGUGUCCCUGGUGGAGCCAGGAUCCUCAGCAGAGAGAGAGGGACUGCGUGUGGGAGAUCAAAUCGUCAGGGUCAAUGAUGUGAUAUUUGACCGGGUCACCCACGCCGAGGCGGUCAAGGUGCUGAAGGGAUGUAAGAAGCUCUGCUUGUCGGUAUGUUCGAUGGGGCGGAUCCCGGGUGGCUACGUGACGAAUCACGUGUACACAUGGAUGGAUCCUCAGGGUCGAAGUAUCUCUCCACCACCCGACCUGGUACAGCACCGUAACACAGGCGGCCAACAAUCUGACAGCCAAAGGCAUGGACAUGCUCACCAGGGUGCAGAGGGGAAGGUCACGAUUUCUCUGGAUGACGGGCGUCCUCUGGGUCUGAUGAUUCGAGGGGGAGCAGAAUAUUCUUUGGGCAUUUAUAUAGCUGGAGUGGAUCAUGGCUCGGCUGCAGAGUGUGGAGGUUUGAAGGUUGGCGAUCAGAUCCUGGAUGUGAACGGGCAGAGUUUCCACAGCAUUGCUCAUGACGAGGCCGUCCGGAUCCUGAAGAGCUCACGGCACAUGUUAAUGACUGUGAGGGACGUGGGGCGUAUUCCUCACGCCCGCACCGUGGUGGACGAGACCAAGUGGAUCUCAAGCCCUCAGACUGCAGAAAGUUUGACCAAUGCCACCAAAAGUGUACAAGAGGAUAGUGGAGCUGGGAGCUCAGGAAAGCCGGUGUGUUGUAAGGGGCUCUUGGGCCCCGCUCCAGGUCAUAUAGGAGCUCGGAGCUCAUUGGAGGAACAGGCUCACCUGCUGCUGACUGACACAGAGAGACAGACCAUGAAUUACUACAUCCAGGAGUAUCAGCACGGCCACAUCGGAGUGGAACCUCUUGCCAUGGCCCUGUUCGAGCUCUUCAACACACAUGCCAAGCUCACCCUGCUGGCGGAGGUGAGGGCUCUGGUCGUUCCUCAAGAUCUGGAACGAUUUGACAGGCAGGUGGUUCAUCAUGAAAUGGAGACAUGGAGGAUGAGACAGGAAAACCAAGGCAUGAUGCACCACCCUGAAACCAUCUGCGUAUCUCAUCCUGAGAGCCAUGCCCUAUCAGCCUGCCAGCUGACUGCAUCAGCCACAGGCUACACUCAGAACGAGUGCAGGAUGGAUGGAUGUGCGGAGGCAGGACCUGCACGGGCUUUCAACUCCCUACCGGAAAUAACUUUGGAUGAACUGCAGUCUUCAUCAGAUUCUUCGCCUCUUUGUAGAGCCCUCCAUCCUCCUGGACACGGAAGUCCGAAGUUUCAAAUUAAACGCCCCUCAUCAAAACUGUGCCAAACCAACAUGUUCUUUACAGCCCCCUGCAGAAUGCACCAGGGAACCCACACUCAGGACCAUACACACCCACACUCACCCGGCUCGUCUCGUGCUUCCCCGUGCACCGUCCACCAUAACUCCUCCUCAUGUAGCGCUCAUGUCACGCCUCCUUGCUCCCUUUAUCACUCCCCUCCGUGCUCUCGCCACCGACCCAGCUCCUCAGCAGCCCCUCCUGCCAAAGACCUGAUCCAGUUUCUGAGGAGCAGGCAGGGGGCCAUAACACCUUCCCAUCUGCAUUGUUCGAGCCGAUCACAGGCUGCCACACCGACCCUCAGUGGGUCUGCCCACAACUCUCCAUCGUGUUCACUCACACUGCUCAUGCCCCCAGCACCUCCAUGCAGCCCGGAGAAGCCUGAGGUGAUAAUCUCUGCUCCGAAUACCAGGCCCAGUACAGCACGCCAUCAUAGACUCAACCAUGGACAGGAGACAGCAGAGGAGACAAAAGUCCAACCAAGAGGUGCUACGUUAUCCCAGCUCUCAGACAGUGGACAGACCCUGAGUGAGGACAGUGGGGUGGACAUCGCAGAGGCAGGGGGACAAAGUAAGGACAGUCCCCGGCCUGGUAAACCUGUACCCCAACAUGCUUCAGGCGAGCCUCAGGGGUCAGGGGGACGUGCACAGGCCGUCAAUCAUCAGACAGGACUGCUUGAGCCAAUACUGAUACGAGUGUCCAAGGGUUCCAGUACACUGGGUAUUGCAGUGGAAGGUGGCGCCAACACGAGACAGCCUUUACCACGCAUCACCACCAUAAAGAAAGGGGGUUCUGCUCAUCUCAGUGGACAGUUACGGGUGGGUCAGGUGAUUCUGGAAGUAAACGGUGUGUCACUAAAAGGCUUGGAGCAUCGGGACGCUGCACGUGUCAUUGCUGAGGCCUUUAAGACCAAAGAGAAGGACCACAUUGACUUCCUGAUCGCUGACUUUAAUGUUGCCCUAUAGAGAGACUUGACA